GCGGACACCCGCCCGUGAGGGGCCGCCGCGGGCACCCGGGGCAGCGAUAGCCGAGGCCGGGCCUCCCCGCGGCCUGUCAGCCUUCCCGGAGGGCUCCGAGCGCCCCGGAGCUGGAUCAUUUAAUCCAUUCACAGUAAUUGGCCAAUACUUUGAAUAAAAAGGAAAAAAUGAUGUCAAGACAGGCCUUUCUCUGCGGUUUGGGAUCUCUGUAUUUGUCCCUUCUGUUUGUAUUUCUUCUAAUGGAUGUUUAUGCAAGGCCUGCAAAUAAUUCAGCCUUCAAAGAAAAGCCAGCUGACAGUAAAGAUGAGAAUGAGAUCUUACCCCCAGAUCACUUGAACGGUGUCAAAAUGGAGAUGGAUGGACAUCUUAACAAAGAAUUUCAUCAAGAAGUUUUUCUAGGAAAAGAGAUGGAAGAGUUUGAAGAAGAUUCAGAACCCAGAAAAAAUAGGAAGAAACUCAUGGUCAUCUUUUCAAAGGUGGAUAUAAAUAAUGAUAAAAAGAUAGGUGCGAAAGAGAUGCAGCGCUGGAUCAUGGAAAAGACGGAUGAACAUUUCCAGGAAGCUGUGGAAGAGAAUAAAAUGCACUUCCGAGCUGUGGACCCUGAUGGUGAUGGCCAUGUGUCCUGGGAUGAAUAUAAAAUUAAAUUUUUGGCAAGUAAGGGCUUUAAUGAAAAAGAGAUUGCAGAGAAGAUCAAAAACAAUGAAGAAUUGAAAAUAGAUGAAGAAACACAGGAAGUUUUAGAUAACCUGAAGGAUCGGUGGUACCAAGCUGACAACCCACCUCCUGAUCUGUUGUUGAACGAAGAAGAAUUCUUGUCCUUUCUUCAUCCAGAGCAUAGUAGGGGAAUGCUGAAGUUCAUGGUGAAAGAAAUCAUCCGAGAUUUGGAUCAAGACGGAGAUAAGAAACUUACCCUGUCAGAGUUCAUUUCAUUACCUGUUGGUACUGUAGAGAACCAGCAGGCUCAGGAUAUUGAUGAUGACUGGGUAAAAGACAGAAGGAAGGAGUUUGAAGAGGUCAUUGAUGCUAACCACGAUGGUAUUGUCACAAUGGAAGAGUUGGAGGAAUAUAUGGAUCCUAUGAAUGAAUACAAUGCCCUAAAUGAAGCGAAGCAAAUGAUUGCAGUAGCAGAUGAAAAUCAAAACCAUCACUUAGAGCUGGAGGAGAUCCUGAAAUACAGUGAAUACUUCACAGGCAGCAAGCUUAUGGACUAUGCACGUAACGUCCAUGAGGAGUUCUGAUCCUGCUCACUUUUCCAGAGCUCUGAAGCACUUUCUUGCUUUCACAAAAAACCCCAAAAGAGGAGGAAAAAAAAAAAAAGAAAAAAUCCAACCCCCAAACAGACAGAACAUUACUUUGCUGCUAUCUGUGUUAUAUGCCUACAGUGUGUUGUCCUAGACUUAAAAAAACCCUUCCGUCCAUACAUAAGAUCUACAGCUCUGUUGCCUUUGGUAUGAGGGGAAAAAGCAGGUCCAUAAAUAAUGGGGCAUCUACAUCAGUUCACCCUGGUUUGUACAGUUAAUCCAGCUGAAGUUUCAGCUGCUUUUGGCUAAUCAUGUUUGGUGGAGGCUUCUUAAAUAUUUAACUACUCUUGUUGCCCUCAUAGCUGCUGAUCCAUGGAAAUCACAAAUAACACUGAAACAAGUUGGCUUCUUGUAAAGGGGAUUGUGGUUCAAAUACAUGCUCUGACCUCAUGAGAAUAUCCAUCCAUAGACUGAUUGGCUAAUCUUACAAUAUUUUCCUCAGCGUAUCUCAACCUACUUACAUAUUGUUGAGAAUUUAAUACAAGUUCUCCUUCCAUCACUGAACUACCUUUAGGGGCUGUGGGGAGGAAUUUAGUUUAAAUGUUACAGAGAAACUCUUCAGCAUCUACUUUAAAAAGAGAACUGGUUGUAGUGUGACAGGUUUCGUGUUUGCAGCAGCAAUGGGAAUAUGAGAGACUUGAGAUUGCUCUGUCCAACAUCAAGUUCACAAACUUUCCCAUUCUUCCAUUUGAGAAUGAAAUAUUAUUUUUUUUUUUUUUUAAAACAUAAGCAAUGGGAGUCACCUAGGUGUAUUAUUACAACUUAACUAAAAUUCAUUGUGAAAACUAGUAUAAUUACUUGCCUCUCUGCAGACCAUUGAGGCUGAUGAACUCAUGAAUGAUGAAGCUGGGGGAAAUACAGGCUUUGCUUUUGAACUGCUUUUGCCAGAGCAACGUACCGUCAGCACCCGGGAAGCUUUUUUAAUCAGUCUGGUUUUGGGUAAUCUCCGAAAGCAUCUGGUAACACAAGGGUCAUAUCCACUACUGUCUAAAAUAGAAAAUUUAUUUUUACUCUGGUUCCAUCUUUACUGUAAAAAACCCCUCUUUCUGAAGGGUUGCCUGAAAAUCCGAGUGAGAUGUUAUAUUUGAUUAAAUUUAUUCUCUUAAUAUAAUGUAAAUAUAAGUAUUGCUGUCUGUUUCUGACUCAGUAUUCCCUCUCCUUUUUUUGUUUUGUUUUUGUUAAAUGGCUUGUAUCAAGAGUUUUUAUAUACACAUAUCUUUUUUUCAUUAAAUAUUUUUCUUCAUGCUUUGGAAACGUUGCUGGUUUUAGGUUUGUCAGUGAGUGGGAAAAAUUGAAACUCUUCAGAGGAGAGACAAAAUAUGAUUUUUUUUUUUUUGAAGGAACUGUAAGAGAUAAAUUCAGUUGAUAAUCUUGUGUUAAAAUGAGUUUAGAAUGCCUGCCACAUUAGUCAGCCCCCGCUCCCUUCCACCCCCGUACCAACACACUUGAUUGCAGGGUAGUGAGAUUUUAACAUGGUUAGAAUCUGGAGACGUUCAAAACAAAAUCCCGUGUCUAAAAAUGUGGUUCUUAGAAGAAGUCAUAGAUGUGGCGGGUUUAGAUUCACUGACAAAAGCUCUAGGUUUUGCUUUGCUGUUGUUUUAAUUAAGGGUUUAUAAAUACGCAAUGACUUGCACUUUGAACUAACAGAAAAUUAUAGGUGUAAACAUACAGUUUUGCAAUGUAGUUGUCCACAGUAGUUAAGAAAAGAGUUUUAGCAAUAUUAGUUGAUAAUUGUAUAAAUGUCUUGACUGCGUUCUUUUAUUAUACUCUGUUUGCACAAUUCAGUUGUUUAGAUAUAAUUUGAGUGGCCAAGUUCUACUUUAUCCUACCUGAUGCUCAGAAAGCAAGUGCUGCUUUGCAGUGGGAUUCUUGAGCAGCUGAAACGUGGUGAUGGAAUUUGGAACUUUAUCUGUCAGUGCAGGCAAAGAUUAUGCAUACGCAGUCUCAGCUCAACCUUCUGAUAAUGUGAGCGUGGAAUCCCUUGAAAAAUACAAGGUAACAGAGUAUUUAGCUAGCAACUGCAAACAAGUUAACGUAGGUACUGUUGUUGCAGCGUUUGCCGCACACCUGAUGAAUCUGAAACUCGAGGAACAAUGGCAAAAAAUUAAUUUUUAAUGUAUGCAUGGAGUUCUGCACCAUACUGUGUUUUGUUUUUCUCGGCCAGAAAUCAGGAUCACGUGUUAACUAACAGCUGUAAGGAUAAAGUUGGACUGCAUGGUGAGAUUUGGAGGUACCGGAGAUGAUUCCUGUCUUGAAAUUUUAGUUCAAACUAUUGUAAUUUGUCCAUAGACUUAUUUAUUUUUAAAAAAAUCUUUAAGUAUUUUAUAGGCACUCAGUCUUUCUCAGAUUCUUGUAGGUCCUUCCCUAUAGGUGAACCCUUACUUACCUUUAAUCCCUAAAGAAUCAAAUGGCUUUUUCUUUAAAGCCUUUCAUUAAGCACUAGUUAUGAGUUCCAUGCUCAGGUUUGGGUUGGGUUUUUUUCAUGUACACAAGCGAGCGCUACUAUCUCAUGGACGUGUUUCGUAAGCUUCUAUAGACUAGGGUAAGCAUUAAUAUUCAAAAAUGAUACAUGUAUAUUAAAUAAAAGCAGAACAGGUUCUUAUUUCUGACCCAUAGCAUGGCUCAACUCACCGCUCUGAAGCUCUCCUCCUACUACAACCAGAGUAGCUGCACCCAGGUGGUUUUUCAGGAGCAGUCUUUGGCACAUAUGAUCCCCAUGGCUGUGCCAAGCAGCAUCUGGGAAAGAUUAAUUUGCAUUGGUGAAAAUCCAGCCAAGGAGUGUGCUAGGUGUGAAAUGCUGUGGGAUAAUCACUGUCUUCUCUCCCUGUUUUAUUUAUUUGCAUAAUAUGGCCACGUAAAGGCAUUUGUCAGUACCAAGCCUGGUAACUUAAGGAUGCCAUACAUAAAGGUUGAAUUCUCCAGAUAGUACGUGGCUAAUUGCUUUCAUUAAAUGAGCAUUUAACUUCUAUUAAAGUAUCCUUAACAAGAAUAUAGGUACUUGAUCAUCGCUGCUCUAGUAUUUGGGGAGUUUUCAGUUUAAAUAUAUACAGCAGACUUUUAACCUUACCUUGUUUGUGAACAGUACAGGAAUUUGCAUUUUCAGUUUCUUACUGAAUAAUAAUUGACAUUGAAUAGGGAAAGUCUGCUACUGUUUGUGAAAGAGAAUUGGGGGGGGGAGGGAAAAAAUCUGGUAAAACGUUGCUGAGGGAAUGACUGAAUCAUGAGGCAUAAAGCCACUUAAAUGGCAUUGAGUGUGAUACUACAGUGGGAAGAGCUUUGGAUAUUUCCUGCAUGCAGGUACGGAGUGUGAAGGUGGUUGAAGUGCAGCCGGUAUGGUUUACUUGCUUUACUCCCUUUUGGAAAGAAUGGCUUUAUUACUUCUUUUUCCAUAGUGGGUUUUUUUUUUUCCAGAAUGCUUGAAAAGUGGGAAAAUAG